AUGGUGACGGCCAACAGAUGCUGCGGCUGCGGAUUACUGCUGUGGGUGCUGGUUGCGCUGGUGUGCGCGGGCCCCGUGUCGGUGUCGGGCGAGAUGCGCAAAUCCUGGCAGCUGAAGGCUGAAGGCCGGACCGAGGAACCGGGGCCCAGUGCAAAGCCGCCGGAAGCGACCGUGCAUAGUGAAGUGCGUGGCGUGGCGUCUGAUCAGCGGCCAGACCCAGAACCCGUUACGCUCGCCGCCAGUGAUUUCACUAACCUCGAUUCGACGACGGCUGCGGGUUCUAGUACGUCGGCUUCGGCUGCUCCAGCGCGCAGGGCGACCGCGCAGUUCAGUAGCCGAGUGCGGAGCAAGCCACCGGUCGGGUUACCGGUCGCGGCCGAAGAGCCGUUAGCGCAGGACCGGGCGGUUCCGUUACACCUGGAGCACCGGAUGGACGAGAUCCAGGUGGACGACGCGACGGUACAGGAUGACGACGACGACGACGAGGAGGAAGACGGUGACGAUGACGUUUGGCACGGAGUGGACGCCGAGCAACGGCAAAACCGGACGGAGGUCGAUCUGAUCGAGAACCUUCUGGACGAGCUGGACGAGCGGGCGAAGGAGCAGCAGGGCCAGGGCCGUCCCGAGCAGCAGGCACCCCAGGAGGAGGAACCGGUCAGGAAGUACACGUUUCCGCCGGUGCUGAACAUGACGAUCGAUGAGCCGAAUAGUGUCGUCUCGGUGAAGCUGAACCACGAGUUGGUUCGUGACAUACUGCACACCGGGCGCGCCGAGGGUGGCGGCAUCGGGGGCAAGAAGAUGCUGCGGUACGUGAUACCGCUGUUUAUACUGCCCUUCCUGAUCCAGUCCGCCGUCAUACCGUUCAUGCUGACGGCCGUGAAGCUGUUCCUGCUCAAGUCGCUGAUGGCGGGCAAGCUGGCCAUCUUCCUGCUGCUGCUGGGCGCGUUCAAGAACUUCACCAAAAAGGACCGCGACGUGUACGUGAAAGACCUGCCCGACCGGCGGUACGAGCCAUCGAGCGAGGGCUUCGCCUACCUGUCCGAGGGCCGGCCGAGCAAUUGGGUUAACUAG